UAACCUCAUUUUCUGCUCCGUUCUUCAUCACUUUACAAGCAAAAAAAGGAAGAAGAAGAUCAAAGAGAGAAAAUCCAAGAUGGGAAGAGGAAAAAUCGAGAUCAAGAGGAUUGAGAACUCAACUAACAGGCAUGUGACUUACUCAAAGAGAAGGAACGGUAUCAUGAAGAAAGCUAAAGAGAUUACUGUUCUUUGUGAUGCCAAAGUUUCUCUCAUCAUCUUUGCUAGUUCCGGGAAGAUGCAUGAAUAUUGCAGCCCUUCAACCGAGUUGAUUAGUAUUCUGGACGAAUAUCAUAGAACUUCUGGGAAAAAGCUGUGGGAUGCUAAACAUGAGAAUCUCAGCAAUGAAAUAGAUAGAAUCAAGAAAGAGAAUGACAGCAUGCAGAUUGAACUCAGGCAUUUGAAAGGAGAGGAUAUCACAUCUUUGCCUUACAAGGAGCUGAUGGCCUUAGAGGAUGCCCUUGAGAAUGGUCUCACCUGUGUCCGUGCCAAGCAGAUGGAUGUUCUUGAUGUGGCAAGGAAAAAUACGAAAUUCUUGGAGGAUGACAAUAAGCAGCUGCAUUUCAUUAUGACCCAACAGCAAAUGUCAUUCGACACGAGAGUGCAGAUGGAUCACCAGGGAUACCAGCGGGCUGCUCACGACGCGGCAGACUACAACUCGCAGAUUCCUUUCGCGUUCCGAGUGCAGCCAAUGCAACCAAACUUACAUGAGAGGAUGUAAUGGAAGAUUGCAAGGGAGUUGAGGGCUGCUGCAGUUAUCUUAUUAUAGCUCAAGCUACCUAUAUAUUAGCCAAGUUGAGAGCCUGAAAUUCUCUAGCAUGGAGGGCGUUUCUGAAGAAUAAUAGUAGCUUUGAAGUUUAUGAAUAUUUCAGGGUUUGUAACAAUCUUAGUACUAUAUAUCAACUGGUAACUUGAUCUUUAUGAACAAUCUCUUAUGUACUUUGAGGCAACAUAUAUGCGUCACUAUAAAUUUAAGUAUGUUUGUGUAUUAUCAA